AUGCUGCAAAGAAUUAAAAGACGUCAAGAAGAAGACGAUGAAGAGGAUAUGGAUUUUGUGCAGGAUCAGCAACCUGAAAGCGAUAUUGAGAUGGAUAUCGAUGAUGAAAAAUUAAAAGAUAUGAUUGAUAAAGUAGCCCGUGAGUUGGAUAGAUUGAGCCAACCCAUUGAAGAAGAAAUAAUGUUCAGCGUUGAAGAUGAUGACGAUGAUUAUGAGGGUGAAUAUGAUGCGGAAGAAAAAGAAGAACUGCAAGAAGCAGAAGACAAACUGCAAGUAUAUACUGACAAGGAAGAUGAUGUUCGUGCAGGAGUGAGGUUUGAAGAAGUCCCCAUGUUGAGUACAACAGAUGAUUCAAAUAAAGACAAGAAAAGGAGAACACGAAGUGGAUGA